AUGGAAGUAAGUAGCGUAGACGAGAGUACAACGAGUACAGGCUCCAUGUGUGAAACUCCGGUUAUAACUCCGGUCAUAACGUCGAGAAAAACGUCGGCGAAUCUCCACCGGAUGGGGAGCGGAUCUAGCGUGGUGCUAGAUUCCGAGAACGGAGCUGAGGCGGAGUCUAGGAAGCUUCCGUCGUCCAAGUACAAAGGCGUGGUCCCUCAGCCGAACGGGCGGUGGGGAGCUCAGAUAUACGAGAAGCACCAGCGCGUGUGGCUCGGGACAUUCAACGAGGAAGACGAGGCGGCGCGUUCUUACGACGUGGCGGUUCACCGGUUCCGAGGCCGAGACGCCGUCACGAACUUCAAAGACGCGAGGCUCGACGCAAGAGAGGUCGAGUUCUUGAACACGCAUUCGAAGUCUGAGGUCGUUGAUAUGCUGAGAAAGCAUACGUAUAGCGAGGAGCUAGAGCAGAGCAAACGGCGACGUAGUAGCGGUGAUGGAAACGCGGUUAGGUCGAUGACGCAAAACGACGGCGUUUCGACGACGGAGUUUAGUUUAUUUGAGAAAGUUGUUACGCCUAGCGACGUUGGGAAGCUAAACCGGCUUGUGAUACCGAAACACCACGCGGAGAAAUAUUUUCCGUUACCUCCGUUGAGUAACGUUUCGGUUAAAGGAGUGUUGUUGAAUUUUGAGGACGUGACGGGGAAAGUGUGGAGGUUCCGUUACUCGUAUUGGAACAGUAGUCAAAGCUAUGUGUUGACCAAAGGUUGGAGCCGGUUUGUUAAGGAGAAGAAUCUACGUGCUGGUGAUGUGGUUAGUUUUAGUAGAUCUGAUGGUCAGGAUCAACAGUUGUACAUUGGGUGGAAGUCUAGAUCCGGAUUGGUUGUGGAUGCGGGUCGGGUUUUGAGACUUUUCGGAGUCAACAUUUCACCAGAGGGUUGGAGAGAGGAUGUGGUAGGGAACAAGAGAGUGAACGAUGGUGAGAUGUUGUCGUUGGUGUGUAGUAAGAAGCAACGCAUCUUUCACGCCUCGUAACAACUCCUCUUUCUUGAGUUUUAAUCUCUCUUCUUUUUUUAUUCCACUUUAGUUGCAUCAGUUUCUUCUUAUUACCAAAGGUUCAUGAGUUGUUAUUGUUGUAAUGAUGAACUGUAUAUUUUGUUUAUAGGACCAAAAUGAUAUUUAGAUGUCUCGAGAGCUUAAAUAGAAUGAGAAGUUUUUACCAGUUCGCACCUUUCUUUUCAUUUCAUUUCAUGUGAAUGUCAAAGGUAUGAUCAUAACUUCUUAUGUAUUUGGCGAUAUGACCAUGUGAAGGAUAUCUCAGUAAUACAAAACUAAUGUUCUAACAGAGAGUCGAGUAGUAUUGUCCUUUUGAUGUACCUAUUGCAAGAUUUGAAGCGUUGUUAUAUAAGUUUG